CUCCCGGGAAAGGGUCCAUUCCUCGGGGAGAGAGGGCUGAGUUUUGUGCGCCUCCGUCCGCUGCGCGCGCCGCUCCGGGCCCCGCCGCGCCCCGCCUGCGCCCGGGACUGCGCCGCGCCGCUCACUGCCCCGUUUAUUUGUCUUUGGAGCAGGCGGGCCGCGCCAGAAGCGGGCGAUCCCGCAGUGUCCUGCAGCCGCCGCCGCCGCCUCGGCUAGGAUGACACCGCGUUGAGCGCGCCCGCAGACGACGAGCGCCGCCGCCGCCACCGCGUCCGCCGAAGCGCCGCCGCCGCAGCCGCCCGCGCGCCCCCGGCCGCUGCCGUGCGCCGCGCCCGCCCGGCACGGGCCGAAGCCGGCGGCGGGGCCGGACCGCAGGCGCCGAGCAGGGCCGGGGCGGCCAGGGCUGCCGCCGGCCGCCGAGCCCCGAGCGCCGCCGCUCGCCCCAGCGCUUUCGGCCGGGAGCCGCGGCCGCCGCCAGCAGUGUUCAUGUUUGGGAUUCAGGAGAAUAUUCCGCGCGGGGGGACGACCAUGAAGGAGGAGCCGCUGGGCAGCGGCAUGAACCCGGUGCGCUCCUGGAUGCACACGGCGGGCGUGGUGGACGCCAACACGGCCGCCCAGAGCGGCGUGGGGCUGGCGCGGGCGCACUUCGAGAAGCAGCCGCCCUCCAACCUCCGGAAAUCCAAUUUCUUCCACUUCGUGCUGGCGCUCUACGACAGGCAAGGGCAGCCGGUGGAGAUCGAGCGGACGGCUUUUGUGGACUUUGUGGAGAAAGAGAAAGAGCCGAACAACGAGAAGACCAACAACGGCAUCCACUACAAACUGCAGCUGCUGUACAGCAACGGAGUCAGAACAGAGCAGGAUCUGUACGUCCGCCUCAUAGAUUCCAUGACCAAACAGGCCAUCGUGUACGAGGGCCAGGACAAGAACCCGGAGAUGUGCCGCGUGUUGCUGACCCACGAGAUCAUGUGCAGCCGGUGCUGUGACAAGAAAAGUUGUGGCAACAGGAACGAGACCCCCUCAGACCCCGUGAUCAUCGACAGAUUCUUUCUAAAGUUUUUCCUCAAGUGCAAUCAGAACUGUUUGAAGAAUGCAGGCAACCCUCGGGAUAUGCGGAGAUUCCAGGUGGUUGUUUCGACAACGGUCAACGUGGAUGGCCACGUGCUGGCCGUGUCCGACAACAUGUUUGUGCACAACAAUUCCAAGCACGGGAGGCGGGCCCGCCGUCUGGACCCGUCAGAAGCCACGCCGUGCAUCAAGGCCAUCAGCCCCAGCGAAGGCUGGACCACUGGCGGCGCCACGGUCAUCAUCAUCGGAGACAACUUCUUCGAUGGCCUCCAGGUGGUGUUUGGAACCAUGCUGGUGUGGAGCGAGCUGAUCACGCCUCACGCCAUCCGAGUACAGACCCCACCGCGGCACAUUCCCGGAGUCGUGGAAGUCACCCUUUCCUACAAGUCCAAGCAGUUCUGCAAAGGUGCUCCUGGGCGCUUCGUUUACACCGCCCUUAAUGAACCCACCAUAGACUACGGCUUCCAGAGGCUGCAAAAGGUCAUUCCCAGACACCCCGGCGAUCCCGAAAGGUUGCCCAAGGAAGUGCUGCUGAAGAGGGCAGCGGACCUUGUGGAAGCUUUGUACGGGAUGCCCCACAAUAACCAGGAGAUCAUUCUGAAGCGAGCGGCCGACAUCGCCGAGGCCUUGUACAGCGUCCCCCGCAAUCACAACCAGAUCCCCGCCCUGGGUAACACCCCCGCACACACGGGCAUGAUGGGCGUGAAUUCUUUCAGCAGCCAGCUGGCCGUGAACGUGUCCGAGACGUCCCAAGCCAAUGACCAAGUCGGCUACAGUCGCAAUACAAGCAGCGUGUCCCCGCGAGGAUACGUACCCAGCAGUACUCCCCAGCAGUCCAAUUACAACACAGUGAGCACUAGCAUGAAUGGAUAUGGAAGUGGCGCCAUGGCCAAUCUAGGGGUCCCUGGCUCGCCUGGAUUUCUUAAUGGCUCCUCCGCUAACUCUCCCUACGGCAUGAAACAGAAGAGCGCCUUCGCGCCCGUGGUCCGGCCCCAGGCCUCCCCUCCUCCCUCCUGCACCAGCGCCAACGGGAACGGACUGCAAGCUAUGUCUGGGCUGGUAGUCCCGCCCAUGUGAGGGGCGUUGCUUUGCCUUCCCUGGCACCCGGCGUCACAGACGGACUUCAGGGGACACGUUUGGCAUAGCGGGGCGUGCUGGCGCCAGACGCAUCUUGGAGACCAUCAGCAGCCGUCCAGACGCUACAAAAGACUUUGUUUAAAGAUUUUAUUUAAACUAUUAAGAAUCAACAUGCAAACAGCCUACUUCUUCAUGAACAAUUCCAUUUUGAUUGACUGAACUUUUCUCGUAUUUUCACACUUCUCAGUCCUGGUGAACAAGGACAAGAAAGCAACGCCUAUUUUGUAUAAAGUCUGACCCCGUCUUGGCUCUGUCUAGUACUUGCUAUCUGUGUUGGGAGAAACUUCGUGAAUGCACCAUUUUGAUGAUCAUGAAUAUCAUGAAUCACUGAGGAAAAAUGCCUCCGGACAUUUUUCUGUACUCAUACUUAGAUUCACAAUGGUUGUGUAUCUCUAUAAUGUGAAAUAUUUUUUUGUGGUGAACAAAGGGGGCCAAGGAGGUAUGAGCCAUCAGACUGGAAGGAGACGAUGACUAUAAGAUUAGGAAGAGGGGGGUGGGGGCGGGGAGGGCGGGUUUAUCACUGCUUAACUUCAUCUUAAUGAAACGAAACUUUGUAACUUAUUGUAGUUAGAAAAUGUCCCUUUGCUAUUGAAUCUCGCCUUCAGCAAGCACACUGACAGAGCAGAACCGUGCUCCUGUCUGUCGGUCCGAUCUCGCCCACUGCUAGAGCUCCUUGUCAAGCAAGUGUGAUCUGCAACAUUUUUUCCACUUUUGCUAGCACUGUAUACUGUUGCAUUCUUAGGCUACUGUGAGGUCUGUUUCUUGUACCAGCUUGUCCUUUACUUCUAGGUCCUUCUUCCCUAAUGUGUUUUGUAUGUGGUUAUAAAAUUGUAGACUUUUGUGAUUUUGCCAAAGUUGUAGCUAAAUAUUUAUACACUUGUCUUGAAUUUUUUUCAGAUCCACUGAAAGAUUUAGAAAAAAAAAAAAACAAGUUUUAUUCCUUAUGUGUCUUAUAAGGGAUAAAAUGGCUUCCAUCCAGUCCUUGCGUUCCCCACUGAUAGCUGCAGUUGCUACGGGACUUUAUUUUGUAACAUAUCAAUUAUAAAUAUUGUAUUUAUCUUUGAGAUUUUGUA